GAACGCCCGCCGUAGCAGCAGCCGGCCAGCCGCAGCUCGCUAGGGUUUCCACCUCCGCCGAGCCGCGGACGUGGCCGAGUUCAAGUCUUUGGCGUCCUCCCUCCCUGCACAACCGCUCCGCGCCCGCGCUACCGUCCCAGCGCCGCCGCCAGCUUCUCAAGCCUCACGCGCACGCUCGCUCGCUCAGGCAGCCGGCAGGGUCUCGCGAACGAGCCAUGGCGAAGGAGGAUCUGGCCGUGGAGGCCGGCGAGAAGCAGGAGCCGGCGCGGCGCCUGGCGUCGACGUUCGCGGAGCUGGGCAUCUGCAAGGAGCUGGUGGAGGCGUGCGACCUCAUGGGGUGGAAGGAGCCCACCAGGAUCCAGGCCGAGGCCAUCCCUCACGCCCUCCAAGGGAAGGACCUGAUCGCGCUGGCGCAGACGGGGUCGGGGAAGACGGGCGCGUUCGCGCUGCCCAUCCUGCAGGAGCUGCUCGAGAACCGCGACGUGCAGCAUUCUUUCUUCGCUUGCGUGCUGUCACCGACGAGGGAGCUGGCGAUUCAGAUUGCGGAGCAGUUUGAGGCGCUCGGAGCAGCUAUUGGUUUGCGAUGCUCAGUGCUUGUUGGGGGAGUGGAUCGGAUGCAGCAGGUGUUAUCCAUUGGAAAACGUCCUCAUAUUGUGGUUGGAACUCCUGGCCGUCUUUUGGACCAUUUGACAGAUACAAAAGGUUUUAGCCUUAGGAAAAUCAAGUAUUUGGUAUUGGAUGAAGCUGAUAAAUUACUUAAUGUGGAGUUCGAGAAAGCCCUUGAUGACAUUCUAAAAGAGAUACCUAAAGACAGGAGAACUUUCCUGUUUUCAGCGACCAUGACCAAAAAGGUAAAUAAACUGCAACGGGCUUGUCUCAGGAAUCCUGCUAAGGUUGAAGCGUCCUCAAAAUAUUCUACAGUAGAUUCGCUUAAACAAGAGUUCUAUUUUGUUCCUGCAGAUUACAAGGAUUGUUAUCUUCUUCAUGUUCUGAAUGAGAGGCGAGAGAGCAUGAUCAUGAUCUUUGUGCGCACCUGUGAAUCUACUAGGCUCCUUGCUCUCAUGCUAAGGAAUCUUGGUUUGAAAGCUAUGUCUAUCAGUGGCCAAAUGAGUCAGGAUAAGAGGCUGGGUGCUUUAAACAGGUUCAAAGCGAAAGAUUGCAAUAUCCUUAUUUGCACUGACGUGGCAAGUCGUGGUCUUGACAUUCAAGGAGUCGAUAUGGUCAUCAACUACGAUAUUCCAAUGAAUUCUAAGGAUUAUGUUCAUCGGGUGGGUAGGACUGCACGUGCAGGGAGAUCAGGAUAUGCUGUAUCUUUGGUGAAUCAAUAUGAAGCCCAGUGGUUUGUGCUGAUUGAGCAGCUACUUGGCAAGAAAAUUGACCAGUGUAAGGUGGACCCAGAUGAAAUUAUGAUACUUAAAGAGCCCAUAUCAGAUGCAAAGAGAAUUGCUCUAACGAAAAUGAAGGAUUCCGGUGGCCACAAGAAGCGGAGAAAGGUGGGAGAUGAUGAUGACGAGGUAGAAGACCAUGCUCAUUCUAAAAGAUCGAAACCCUUCAAGAAAUCUAACAGACGAUGAAAGCUCUGGACUUUGCCCUGCUGAGUUAGAAUCCAUGUGUACAGCUCCUCGAAUGUUAGUCCAUUUUGUGUGACUGUUUCAGUGCCAACCCUGUGGAUUUGCAGUGAUGUACCUGCAAGUCGCCCAAUUUUGUCGUCAUAAACCAUGUUAUUGCAAGAAAAGAAAACCAGUUAUAUUUAUUCA